AUGAAGAAAUUAAGAUAUAGCAUAUCUAUAGCUGUACUUCUUUUGUUUGGGUACAUUUCUGCACAAAACUUCGAAAUGCCUUUAUCUAUGAGCGAAGUAUUCGAAAAUAAAGUCGACAGUCCUGCAAAAUAAGAGGUUGCAUAAAACUAGCAAACUUCUCAUAACAUUGAAAAUGAAAAUGAAAGUGAAGAAUCAACUGAUCAUAAGCAAUUCUAAUAAGUGCUUGAAGGAUCUAAUGAUUAAGAAAUCCUAUCACUUAAAUUAAUUUACAAAGGUGACUCAAAAUCAUCGUCUGCUUUCAGAAAUAAUUCUUCAAAAAUUUACAAAAAACUCUCUAAUGCCAAAUAUUCUUCUAGUUACUAUGCUUAACAGCCUAUUUUUGAGAGCACAUAAUCUUAAUUUUACAUUUCCAGCGAAAACGAUAUUGAGACCAAUUAAACAGAAUCUACAAUUUCAUAAAACUAAGCUUAAUUGAAUUCAACAAUUGAAGAAAUUGAGAAUUCCUAUGAUUUAGAAUCAGUUGGCACAUCUUCAGAAAAUACAACAAUUGAAGAAGCUAACAUUCAUGACCAUGAUAAUCUCUCGACUUUGUCAUUGAUUAAAAUAAAACCAAAGCCAAUGAAGCCACGUCCUAAACAACCCCCUAUAAAAAAUGAAGAUGAAAGACUUAAAAGACAAAAGUUUGAGGCUAUAAGUGGUAAAUAAACAACAGUACUAGUAGAUCAGUCAAACUAUUCCUCGUAGGAUGGCGUUUAUUCUGAGAAAAUUGUUGGUAUUGUUCUUGCAACUUUCGCAGGACUCGCUCUAUGCUACGUUCUUCAUUUUUGCUUUAAAAAUGAAGGCAAUAGUCUUGUUAAAUCAACCUUUGAAAUAUUCCCAUUUUAUAAAGUUGGAGUCAAAUAAAGUUUCCUAAUGAUGAGAUUGCUCCCUAAAUCAAGUAGUACUCAUGAGAUUCAAUGGACUGAGAAAUAUAUACAAAAUUAAAGUUCUUAAGAUGCUAUUUAGUAAGAAUUAGGAUUCCAAAAAAUUUGA